CCUCGCCCCGCGUGACCGCGCCGCCGCCGCCGCCAUGCCGCUGCUCAGCGUGCCCAGGGACGUGGCCGUGGGGACGGCCUUGCUGGGGGUCGCCUUCGCGACGGGGCUGCUAGCAGGUAAAAGAUACCCUUCUUUAGGUUUGGGGUUAUCCAAAUCACCUAAGUCUGUUCUUGGAAAAAGCAGCCCUCUCUGGCACUACAUACUGGAUCACUCUUUGCGGGAGCACCCCCUUCUAAAGAAGCUGCGACUGCUCACCGCAGAUCAUCCCUGGGGUAGAAUGAUGGUGUCCUGUGAUCAGGCUCAGCUUAUGGCAAAUUUGGUCAAACUUAUCAAAGGCAAGAAAGUUAUUGAAAUAGGUGUUUUCACAGGAUAUAAUACCUUGAAUAUGGCACUUGUCUUGCCAGAUAAUGGCAGAGUUAUUGCCUGUGAUAUAAACGAGGAGUAUGUCAAAAUUGGAAAGCCACUGUGGAAAGAGGCAGGUGUAGAGCAUAAAAUUGACCUACGAAUUAAGCCAGCAAUUCAAACACUUGAUGAACUAUUGGCUGGUGGAGAAGCAGAGACCUUUGACUUUGCUUUCAUCGAUGCUGAUAAGGAAAACUACAAUGAAUACUAUGAAAAAUGUUUGCGCCUCAUAAAGAAAGGAGGAAUAAUAGCUAUUGAUAAUGUUCUUUGGGGUGGAAGGGUGCUAAAACCAAGAAAGGAUGACUUGGAAACCCAGACCAUUCACCUCCUCAAUGAGAAGCUUCUCAGAGAUGCACGAGUCAAUAUCAGCAUGAUCCCAAUGGGAGAUGGAGUGACAUUAGCAUUCAAGUUGUAACCACAGAAAGCCCAGCAGAUGGGAAACAGCAAGCAGCAUCAAAUCAUCAGGAAAAAUAAAGGCGAAACACUGUCAAAAAUUAUCAUUUAACCUAUGUCUCCACAGGAUAAUGUAGCCUGGGAAAGCAGAUUUUAGAAUCAGCAGGAUCCCUAAGGGCAGCUAACUUGAGGAGACUUAGAAUGGCUUCUUAUUUUAAUUACAAUAAAGAAAGGAAACUUGCA